AUGCUCGGCAGGACAGUGAGAAGACCGAUGACUAUAACAAUUUUGCCCCAUGGGAGUAGAAUGCUAUUCAAAAGGUUCUUAAGAGAGGAAAGCAACAAAGAUGAGCAAACUAGAGAAUCUAGGGAGAGAACUACUAUUGAUAGGGAUUAAUUUAGUAAUUCACUUACAUUAGAAGGCUCACAUUUUGGAGUCCCAAAGCAACAGUAUAGUGAUUAUGAUACAAGCACUCAUAUGGGAAGUAGACUAAGCCAUCUAUACUAUGGCAAUUUUCAGGACAAUAAAGCCAAUAAUUAGAAAAAAUAUAAGGACUAGUCGACAAAUAUGCGCAGAAGGAUGGAUCAGCAUCUGGCUCAAUAGCUAACAAUUUCAUUAGUCAUGCCAAUUUGCCAAAGCUAAGCAUUAAAUCCAAUCAAGGGAGUCAAAUAAAUUUAAUUGGAAUGUUAAACACUUGACUUAAAGAUAAAUCACAGCACUUGUAUAGUAGCUUCAAAUGACCCAAAUGCAAUCAAAGACAUGAAGAGAACUCAAUUGAUAGAUUAAUCUACGUUCUCACAGCAAUUUCAAAUCCAAAAUGUGCCUCCAAUUAUGUCAGCAUUUGUUCCCUCUUCUAUUCCAGAUCUAUCUCCAGUGAGAAGGAAAAAGAGUGUCAAUAAAAAACUUGUCCCUAUUGAUCUAAACUCAUACGAUGUCAUACGUUCUUAGUCUCAGCUGACAAUUCCAAAUAAAUACACUAAUAAUGAUAGAACCAUUGUGAAUCAUUAUGCUACUUAGGAUAGCAAGCCAUAUCUAUAAGGACUAUCUUAAAUAAACGAGAAUAAAAGUUUGGAUUAAAUUGACAAUAUGGCUUAAAUAGAGGACAUCAUCAACAGCACUUUUUCUCGAAAGAACAAUGUUAUUUAUAGAAAAUAGUCCUAUUUGACAAAGAUAAGGAGAGAUAAAUUGAUAUACUCUCGACUGCUUGAUAGCACAGUCACCUGA